GAAACAUGAUAAGAAUUUGUAUUAUGCAAAUGUGAAUGCUUCAGGUUUUUAACACAGUAUAAGAGCAACGAAUCGGUGCCGUUGAAGUAGAAGUAUGAAGGGCUCUCAUCAAGUACGAUCGGCCAAGACGCAGCCUGGACACCAUUUAUGCAACAUCUGCAAGAAACUGCACCUAGAAGUGUUCUUUUCCCACAAAACUAGUCAGCAAUCUAUUGGAAAGAUCUCUCAGUAUGCCGAUCCAGAUUGCCCAUUCUGCAGCCUGAUCUCCAGAGUCAUUGACCGUGCCUGGGGAUCAGAUGAGAGGGACAAAGCAGGGAGAUGCGAACUCCUGAUUGAAAGUCGGAGUCCGUUAUCCGUCAAGGAACACGGUCAUAUCCGACAUCCUCAGCCAAGACUGGUACUGGCAACUAAUCAAGAGCCCCCGAAGUUUCACCACAACAAAACUCCGCCAAGGAAGGUCGAUAGAGAGAAGACAGGAUUUAUCAUCGCUGAGAUCGAAUCUAUACCGAUUAAUAAAUCGGAUAUAAGCUAUCUCCCACGGCGAAAGAUUGGAAAGUACGUCGACAUUAGCCUUGUUGAGGAUUGGCUCGAUAAAUGUCGGAAGCAUCGACAUUCCAAGGCAUCUAUCGGACAAGAUGUUCAUGGCCUCCUAUUCCAGCCGCAGUUCCCCUUUCGCCUUAUUGACGUGAACAGAGAGUGCAUAGUAGAGAAAGAUAGAAGAUGUGCCUAUGUGACUUUGUCUUACGUUUGGGGCGACCUUCCUACUCUCUAUCAUGGAGGUAAGAGUAGGAGCAAGGGAAAGAUACCCAUUCUUAUGACUCUCAAAGAUAAUAUAAAAGAUCUGAAGAUUGAGAGAAGCCUAUCCGAGUCGAGGUUAGAAUCGCCCUCUACAGGACGAAUCCCUCAGACAGUUAGAGAUGCUAUGGAAUUUACACAGCAAAUCGGAAUUCGAUAUCUGUGGGUAGAUACCUUGUGUAUCAUACAAGAUGAUGAGGAGGAUAGGAAGCGACUUAUCUCGCAAAUGGGUGACAUAUACAAUUCUGCAACUGUAACUGUUAUCGCCGCAGCGGGUAGCAAUGCAGACGCUGGGUUAAGUGGCAUCAGCCCUAGAGUGGGUCACUCUAUUAGAGGGGUCAAGAUCGCCGGCGAUUCAGGUCGGACAGUUCUCAACCUCUCGAUUUCUCUGUCAUCUUUAUGCGAGGAGGUUCGGAUGAGUACCUGGAAUACGCGAGGAUGGACGUUUCAGGAACAGUCGUUAUCGCAACGCUGUCUUUACUUCACCGCCAACGAGGUAUUCUUCAACUGCAGCGAAUGUCAGCGGAGAGAGGGUUAUGAUUAUGUAGAAAAGAGAAAGACAACUACCGGAGAGGUAAAAAUCAAAGCCAGGACGGGACCACCAUGGUGGAAUACAAACAUCAGGUACGAUCUCGAACCGACGCCAUACAAUUACUUAGGAGAUAUGGGUGAUGGGAAGCUGGAUCCGCAGUCAUAUGAAUUGGCCGUGCAAGAGUAUAGCCGGAAGAACCUCAGGGACCCUUGCGACGUAUUCAACGCCUUCGAGGGUAUAUUUAACAGGUUCCAAAGAUCUAAAAACGCCCCUUCGGAAACAUUGGACAUCUCUCAGGCGCAGGCAAUCCCUUCCAGUCUGCUCUACCGAUCAAUGCUCUGGUUUCCAUUACCGGGAGCAGAGAAACGACAGUUGAGCAAUCCCAUGAAGCUAGGAAUCAUCAGACUAAGAAAGAAGACUGGACAGUUGUCGUUACGGUCGUGGUCGUGGACUUCCUGGUCUGGCCCGGUCGAGUUUGUUUUUGAGGAUAACCUCUGGCUGCCUAGGAAGAUAUCACGGGUUCCUAUCAAGCGGGUGCCUCUGUACGUACCGAUCGUAUGCUGGUAUUAUGGAGGCUCAGAAAUCAGCUAUUUCUGGACUAGAGAUAUUUGGAGAACUGCAUACAUCAGUUCCCAUUCCGAUACGACUACCUCUCAUACCGACAGUGAAGUUACACGCACUAGGAAAUAUCUCCAGUCCCGCGUUGGCAUCAAUGUUAAGGUGUUACUAGACGAGUCAACGCAAUGUGAUGUACCGGGGGAUACACUGGAAAGCGGCGAGCUUGGGUUCUUCGCACCAUAUGUGGUAGCUGAACAAUUCCAUAUCAAGAUCAAACCGGGGGAUGUCGUUGGAAGUUUAGAUGUAUCCGGUCACAGAGGAGAGUUCAGGUUCGACGGCGGAUACGAACCGAUAGACGAGCUUGUUCCAAUCGUUGUUGCCGACACACUCAGUAAACCGCCAAACGCGCAAUCGAUCUUGCUGGGCCUAACUACCACGCGCAAGGGCGUCUCGAAGAGAGUGGGGAUCGGGUUCGUACAUUACUCGGAUGUAGAUUUGCCCAAACCACAGUGGAAUUAUCGGUUCUUCAUGGUUAGGUAGCAGGGUAGGUAGGUAACAAUAUGGCGGGGUGAAGAGGAGGCAAGACGCUUUGGCUAUUGCUAACCAUCAGGGCUAGGCGUGGCGUACGUAAUUGAGGGGCCAUUCCACGGACCAUUACUGUCUGAGCGGGCUGGCGGGGUAGGUAUGCAAG